AUGAACGGCUCCAUGGCGAGCGCCUGCGCCACCUCCAGCACCCUCGUCUCGGCGCCCUCUGCAUGCCCGUCCAAGAAGAAGACCGCCGCCGCCAGGUUCCGGCGCCGCACGGUGUCGUGCAGGGCCACCGGCGGCGGCGGCCGGGGCGACAUUGACGGCCUCCUCUGGCUGCCCCGGCGUGACGUGAUGCUCAACGGCCUGUCCGGUGUCGCCGCCGGGCUCGCCUGGUACCCGGGCCUCGCGGAUGCCGAGUGCACCAGGGCCGACAAGGUGAACGAGAACACCGUCCAGUGCACGGACACGGAAAGGGUGUUGCCGUGCCCUCUGGUGUCGGCGACGGCCCCCGUGGUGGACUUCACGCCGGAGGCGAAGGUGACGCGCGUCCGGCAGCCGGUGCAUCUCCUGAGCCGGGAAUACCAGGAGAAGUACAAGGAGGCCGUCGAGAAGAUGAAGGCGCUGCCGGAGUCGAACCCGCUGAGCUUCGCGGCGCAGGCGGCCAUCCACCAGGCCUACUGCGACAGCUACUACAGCUACCACCGGUCGUCGUCCGGCUCGGCGGCGGCGGCGAGGGACGACCCGACGUUCGACGUGCACUUCUCGUGGAUCUUCGCGCCGUGGCACCGCAUGUACAUCUACUUCUACGAGCGCGCCCUCGGGCAGCUCAUCGGCGACGAUACCUUCGCGCUGCCGUUCUGGAACUGGGACGCCCCCGCCGGCAUGGUGGUGCCGCCUCUCUUCAGCGAGGGCUCCACGGCCAGCAACCCGCUGUACGACGCCAACCGGAACCCGGCAAACCUCGACGCGCUGAUCGACCUAGACUACCUCAACGACCAGGAUGCGGAGCCCAUCCCUUUCAAGGGCCCAAAGGACGAAAAAUACAAGAAACUUGUUAACAAGAACCUGAGCACCGUAUACAACCAGCAAGUACGUAAGGGCGCGGAGUCGUUCCUGGGCGAGAAGUACUGCACCGACCUCGGGUCAAGCACGAGCAGCAUGGGCUCGCUGGAGCGGAUGGCGCACACCGCCGUGCACGUCUGGGUCGGCAAGGCGGGCCCGACGCCGGCGACGGCGACUUGUAGCGAAGCUUCCGGCGGCGUCCCGAACCACAGCAAGCCGGGCGCGUACAGCUGCAACAACGACAUGGGGUUCCUGGGGUCGGCGGGGCGGGAUCCGCUCUUCUACUCACACCACGCCAACGUGGACCGCAUGUGGCACCUCUGGUCCACCAGGCUCGGCGGCGGGCAGGGCAUCACGGACACGAACUGGCUCGACGCCAGCUUCGUCUUCUACGACGACGUCAAGAGCCCGCGGAAGGUGCGAAUCAAGUUCCGAGACGUCCUGGACACGCGCGACCUCGGCUACACGUACGACGUCGAGGCCGACAGGGACCUGCCGUGGCUGCGGCCCAAGAUCACGACGCUGGUGCCCCACGGCAAGGACAGCGGCGCGCCGGCGAGGUCGUCGGCGGCGGCGCCGGUGUUCCCGCUCGCCCUGACCAAGGGCCAGGUCGUGGAGGUGCCGGCCGUGGCUGUGCCGGCCAGGGAGGCGGGGAAGGAGCAGCUGCUGGUGAUCGACGGCGUCGAGUUCGACCCGCAGGCGAACAACAAGUUCGACGUGGCCAUCAACGUCCCCGCGGACAAGGCGUUGCAGGUGGGGCCGCAGUACAAGGAGUACGCCGGGAGCUUCGCCGUCGUGCCGGGCUCCGGCGCCGGUGGGACGCGGAAGGGGAAGGUCUCCCUCUGCAUCACCGACGUGCUGUACGACCUCGACGCUGAGGACGAUAGCACCGUCGACGUCGUAAUCGUGCCGCGCACAGCUGCCAAGGUGACGAUCAACGUUCGCCCCACCAUCAUGAAUCGAAACUAG